CGACGUUCAGCUCACGAAACGCCACUGGCCCGAAACCAAAGAUGGCGAUGCGACGCGAGGACACGACGAUCGAAUUCGAGCCCCGCGACCCGCGCGAGAAGGCCGAGAAGUACCUCAAAGCCAACAAGAUCCACGUGAUUCUGCAGGAGAUCUGCACCAACAUGAUGUACAUCCGCCCGACCAACCCGCGCGAGUUCAUGGUGCAGCAGCUCAACCUCAUUCGCCACGCCCGCGAGAACCGGACGGCGAUGACGUUCUUCACCGAGACGGACUUGGCGACAAUGUUUUCCAUGUUUGACACGACGAGUCAGGGCACGAUCAGCCUCGUGCAGUACGACCAAGCCUUGCUCAACCUCGGCAUCGAUCGCCCGACGUUGCGCCUCCCCGAGUCGAUCAACCGCGUCGAUAAGAACUUAUUUGUGCGCAGCAUGCUCCAGGAACUCAAAAACAACUCGUGCGUGUAGUCGAGAAUCUGCAUAUGUAUAAACAGUGUACAAUCUUCUUUGGACGACUAGAGAAUCGUCAGGUCGU